AUGUCGGCCUCGGCGACCGCGCCGGCUCCUGCAGAAGCGGGCGGCGGGGACAAGCAGUCCUCCUCCGCCGCCUCGGCCUCGGAAGGCAUCGACCUGCUGGAGAAGUGCGGCGUGUGCCGGGAGCGUCUGCGCUCCGAGCGGGACCCGCGCCUCCUGCCCUGCCUCCACACCGUCUGCAAGGAGUGCCUGAAGGCCGAGCCCGCCCCCGCCGCAGGGGGCAACAACAAGGAAGGCCAAGUGGUUGACUGUCCUGUGUGCAAGCACCAAUGUUAUCUGAAGGACGUAGUGGAGAAUUACUUCCUGAGGGACGGUGGGCCAGAGCCUCUUGGGGAUGCCAGAGAUGCUAACCAGUGUUGCACCAGUUGUGAAGACAACGCCCCUGCCACCAGCUACUGCGUGGAAUGCUCGGAGCCCCUGUGUGAGACGUGCGUGGAAGCUCACCAGAGAGUGAAGUACACCAAGGACCACACUGUCCGGUCCACAGGCUCCCCCAAGACCCAGGAGAGAGAGAAGACUGUCUACUGCUCUGUCCACAAACACGAGCCACUGGUGCUGUUCUGUGACACGUGUGACACCCUGACCUGCCGGGACUGCCAGCUGAACGCGCACAAGGAUCAUCAGUACCAGUUCUUGGAGGAUGCGGUCAAGAACCAGCGCAAGAUGCUGGCCUCCUUGGUCAAGCGCCUCGGCGAUAAGCAUGCCAAUCUCCAGAAGUCAACCAAGGACGUGCGUUCCUCGAUCCGGCAGGUGGCUGACGUGCAGAAGAGAGUACAGGUAGACGUGAAGAUGGCUAUUCUGCAGAUCAUGAAGGAGCUCAAUAAGAGGGGCAAGGUCCUGGUCAGCGAUGCACAGAAAAUUACUGAAGGGCAGCAGGAGAAGCUGGAGAGACAGCACUGGACCAUGACUAAGCUCCAGCGCCACCAGGAGCACAUCCUGCGCUUUGCUAACUGGGCCCUAGAGAGUGACAACAACACUGCCCUGCUGCUCUCCAAAAAGUUGAUCUACUUCCAGCUGCAUAGGGCUCUGAAAAUGAUCGUUGACCCUGUGGAACCCCACGGGGACAUGAAAUUCCAGUGGGACUUAAAUGCCUGGACCAAAAGCGCAGAGACGUUUGGUCAGAUAAUCUCGGAACGGAGCGGCGUGCCAGUGGUGCUCAACGCUAAUGCCACCUCCGGCGCUGCGCCUGGAGGAGGACCAGUCAGACCGCCCGGUGCCCCACCUGCUCAGGGGGUCCAGCAAAUGUCUCUGCAGACGGGCGUGAUGAACAAGGGAGCCCUGCUUCAGCCUGUGCUGCCUUCCAACAGCCAGGCUAUCCCUGACUGCUACAUUAAUGAUGCCGGCGCCUCUUCUGCAGGGCAGCCAAUGGACAUCAGUGACGGCUUUGGUGAGUAAAAUAAGGGGGAAGGAUCGUAUUCUGGUGAAGCAAAUGUGUCCGGAAUGAAAAGACCCCGUGGCCAAGAUGGAGAAUCGGGCGUCAUGCGCAAAGUGCCCCGCGUGAGUUUGGAGCGAUUGGAUGUGGACUUGACAUCAGACAGCCAGCCACCUGUCUUCAAAGUCUUUCCAGGCACUUCGACCGAAGACUACAAUCUCAUUGUCAUUGAACGUGGGGCCCAGCAAGCUGCAGCCGCCGCUGCAGCCGCCGCUGCCCAACAAGCAGGACUGCCGACAGCCUCCACUGCAGUGAAGGAGGAGCAGAUGGAGGCAGCCAUCGAACACCCUGUGACCACCGAAGGGAAGGACACCAAGCCCGUCGUCCUGCCUCAGGACGUGCCCUUGGCAGAAGGCUCUUCGGCCCCCCGUCUCAUCUCUCCCAGCGGCAGCAGCAGCUCCGCCACGGAAAUGCAGUCCGUUCUGAGCCACGAUGGCACAGCCAAUGGGGACGAAGCGGCUUGCUGCCGGGUAUGCCUGAAAGCUGGCGCCGUCGUCAUGUGUGACGGGUGCAAGAAGUGCUACCACCUGGAUUGUCACCUGCCUUCCCUUCAGGACAUCCCCAGUCAGGAAUGGAAGUGCCUGCUGUGCGAGCAGCCGGCGGCUGCCAGCGAAGAAGGUGGAGCCGCCUUGGCCGCCAUCUCCGUCGAUGGGGAGCAGAGCAUUCUCAGGAAUGCCGACCAGCAGAGAUGUGAACGGGUCCUCCUGGAGCUGCUGUGUUAUGAGCCCUGCAGGCCUCUUCACCGGCUCUCCAACGCCACGGAGGGGCAGAACACCAUUGACUUGACCUUGAUCAGAGCCAAGCUGCAGGGGAAGCUCUCGCCACCCUACAACUCUCCCGAUCAUUUCGCUGACGACGUCUGGAAGAUGUUCAGGCAGUUCAACAAGCUGACAGAGGACAAGGAGGAUGUCCAGUCCAUCAUCGUGCUGCAGCGCUUCUUCGAGUCCAAGCUGAGCGCCGCCUUUGGGGACCGCAAGUUCUCUGUGCAGGCGGACCCCAUCAACGUGGACGAGCUGCCGAGAGGAGAGAGCAGCCUCUCCCUCCACAGCUCCCCUGCCACCGACCCGGGCGAAGUCGCUUCUUCCAAGCCCGAGGGAAGUGGCGGGGGUGAUGGGACGGCAGCAUAA